AUGACUGCUGUGGUACUAGAAAAUGGCAAUGUGGAUACCCUUGCCGAGGAAGCAAGAUUAAACAAGAUCAGUAAUGAGGAAUUCAAGAUUUGGAAGAAAGCUGUACCAACUUUCUAUCAGCACAUUUCUACUUUUAAGCCAUCUUUACAGAAACAUGUUACAAAUCAAAGUAAAAUACAAAAAACUGUUGCCUUCACUGAUAAGAUUUUCCCUGAUAGAACUAAAGGGACAUUGACAACAUCUGUAUUAUUAGCUCUAGGAAAUGAUAUUUAUGAAAUCGAUGUAAUCUUACCAAUUGGUGCGCAUCUCACAGGUCAGGAAGCAUCUUGUAAGGUGGAGCCUCAAUAUGAGGCCUUUUUGAAAACAUUUGAACAAACUAAGUUUGAACCUAAAUGGAGAGUUGACAAUAAUGACACUGUCGCCAAAUUAUACUAUAUAAACAGUAAUGAUAUCAAAUUUGUUGCUGUUACUAAUAAUGGUUCUGUCUUGUGGUUUAAGGAUGAAAUUAAUACAGCUGUAACCAGUUGUUUGGCUGAACCACAGGGAGCUAGUACAGCCAUCAAGGUCAACUCUGAUAUAUCCAAUGAUCUAUCUACUAUUGUUGUAGUAACUACUAGUACAAAGGAGAGUGUUUCCACUUCAAAGAUUAAAAUAAUUGAUAACGUCGAAAAGGUAGGUGACGAGAAGCGUACCAUAUUAUUAAACGACAGCUUUGUUUGUGAAACAUGUAAGUUUUUAAAUGGUAAGGAUACUAUUGCCCUUUGCAAUAAUAAGUCUACUAUUAAAUUGUGGGAUUUAAAUAACACAGAGGACACUCCCUUUUUAGAAUUUAUAGAUAAUACUGAAGGAAAAUUGACUAGCAUUGGAAACUCUAAGAUAGUGUCAACACUUUUUGCAACUGGAUCUGACAAUGGUAUUAUUAAAUUAUGGGAUUUACGUUCAUUGUCUCAUGAUAAGAAAAUUGAAAUAGGCAAAGACACAGAAUCCAUUAGGGAGGUUGCCCUAUUAUCUCAUUUUGACGAAGAUCCUGUGUCUGAUAUCAUAUUUUCUCCUUCCUCUGCUUGUAAAUUUGUUACUGUUGGUAGGAGUGGGAAUGUGUAUCAUUGGGAUAUGGAAUAUUUGUUUUCAAAGGGCCAAGAUGUUGAUAAAGAUGGUAAGAAUAGUGAUGACGAAAGUAUCAUUAGUUCUGUACUUCAAGCGGAAUGUCUGUCGUUUUAUCAUACUGGUGGGUUUAGAAGAUUACGUACUGAUGGUAGUAAGAAAAAUACAGUGGCGUGUAAUUCAAUCAUUGAUGAUUUGGUGUGUACAGUGGAUGCAGAUGAUUUAUUGACGGUGUAUAUUCCUUUUACUGCAAGGAUUGCAAGCGAUUCAGCAAACUAA